AUGGACGGGCCCCUAUCACUUUAUAGGAAGACGAGCGAGAUGUUGCCGAAGGUAACCAUGCUACUGCGGGUACGUUGUGGCAACGAUGCCAAUAUCGACGUCCAGACCAAGGCUCGACUGGCGGCUAUAGCAGACCCCAUCCCAGGAUGCCUAAUCCAUGAACAUGACAAUAUUGGUCAUCGAGCGGCGGCCCGCUUGCAGUUGCACCGCGGCAGAUACAACGUCAAGGGUAGUUCUUACGUCGCCGGCCUCGAGUCCCGGGUCAUUGGGUACUGA